GGCACUAUUAGCUAAACUUGACUGUGUCUUCUGCUUUCGAUGUAUCGUUUACAUGAAAAUCUUAAUUGUUUUAGGCUUAAGUAUAUUAAUUUAAAGAGUAAAGCAAUUUAAUGUUGAUGACACGAAAAUGUAUUUAGUUACCCGAAAUGACAGCGUAAUGCGACAACAUCUGUGAUUUUGAGGAGAAACCUGUUAAACAGUUAACAGCUCUUAUAUUCACGGUCGUAAAAGUCGAAGCUGUUGUCUGGGCUUUACCAACAUGUCUUACUUGGAGUGGGCUGAGUCUCAGCUUGCAGAGAUUGAGCUGCUAACCAGCAUGUUCCCCACGCUGGAUGAGCUGGAGCUCACCGACCAGCUUGCACUAGCGGAGCUCAGGGACUACGUGGAGAGUUCAGCCUCAGCAGACAGCCCUCCUCCCUCCAGACCGCAGUUUCUCAUCAAACAGAAGCUGGACUCUGCAAACACGGAGACGGAGGUCAUUAUGUCCUGUGCUUAUCCAUCUGAAUAUCCCUGUGUGUUACCAGAAAUAACAGUCCGGUGUUCCAGUCUCAACAGGGCCCAGCAGACAGAACUCCAGACACAUCUCAAUGCAUACCUCACAGAAAACUGCCAGGGGGAAGUAUGUGUUCUCUCUGCUGUGGACUGGGUGAAAGACAACUUGCAGGUCUUCGUUAAUAAGAGCUUAUUAGUGACACCAGUUCCCAAGAAAGAGCCUGCCUCUUCACAGCCACAGGAAGUUUUCAGCCGCCUGUGGAUCUACAGUCACCACAUCUACAACAAGUCAAAGCGGAAGAACAUCUUGGAGUGGUCCAAGGAGCUGUGCCUGUCAGGAUUCAGCAUGCCUGGGAAGCCUGGUAUUGUGUGUGUGGAAGGUCCUCAAUCAGCCUGUGAGGAGUUCUGGUCCAGAGUCAAGGUUCUGACAUGGAAGAAGAUCAUGAUUCGACAUAGAGAGGAUAUUCCCCUUGAUCGUCAGGGCGAGGACAGCAGGACUGUUGAAAGCAUAGACUCCCUGCGCAAAUUCACUGGCUUUGAAGAGGCAAUGUUUGACCCUCAUGGGAACAGAGGUAAUCACAUGGACCUUGGGCAGCUCUAUCAGUUCUUAAAUGAGAAAGGCUGUUGUGAUGUCUUUCAGAUAUAUUUCGGGAUUGAAGGAAGGUAGUGGUCAGACUUAGAUAAUAAAUAUACAGUUAUUUGACAGGUGCCUUACAAGUGAAGUCACUCCUUCUGAAAGUACACAUUUGUGGUCAUGUGUUUGUUGAAGUGGGAUAAAAGGCAGAAAGAAUGCUUCUGCAAUCUGGGAAACUGUGUUCCUACUCUUUGUAGUUAAUUGGCAUAUUUUUUUCAAAAAAGUAGCAUUAAAAAGAUGUUUGAGAGUUUUCUCAAGGACUUCAGUUUUAUUUGCAAUUUUAAUACUCCUGCAUGUGCAGCAGAUCACACCUUGCCCUAGGUGUUUCUUUCCUCAAAUGGCACCGGAGUGUAUUACAAACAGGCUAUAAUAGGAUUUUUAGGUCUGAUACUGCUUUAAUAAUUGGACAACAUAGUCAACAAUAUGCUGGAUAUCUGUUUUUGAAAUCUGUUGAUUUUUCUUGUUAUGAAUUAUAGAUAAUAUAACCAUGGAAAGCCUUUCUCCAAUUUUCUUUGAAUGAUUAGUCGUUAGAUAAAUUGUACAUUAUUGAGGAUUACAAUCUGGCAAUUAAAAUGUGUGGAUAUUGAACAUGAAUCUUAAUUUUACCCCCUCAAGACAGAGAAUCGAAAAACAUAUUUAUAUAGAUUCGUAUGUUGAUUUUAUUACUCAGGGAUCAUUUCAAAUAUAUGGUACUGAUUGAUAUUAUCUUACUGAUUGCAUGAGCAAAAUGCUAAUACAUUAACUGCUACAUACAGUAAGCACUCAUACUGUGUUUUUGAAAGGCUAUAUCAUUUCCAUGGUUGACACAGACACACAUAAUUGUACAAAUAAUCUCCUCGAAGGAGUUUGAACCCUGAGUGAGCAGAUUUCAGUCUCUGUUGAAAAUUAACUGAUGAAACUAAUGAAAGCACUGCUGCGUCAUCAGGGCUUUAAUGCUAGGACUGUACUUGAAGACUUGAUGAAGUCUACUUCCAUCUGAAGUUGUUUGAUGAAAGGAAGUAAUAAGGACACACAACUUGAAGCCAAUGCUAUUUUUCAGUAGUUACAUGUAUCACAUAGAUUACAAACUAGCUUGAUCUGUGAUGCCCAGCAGAUGGCAGCAUUAUAUAAUGAAAUUUGGCAAACAUGGCAAUCUGAGAUGUUAUCUGUUAACCUGUUUAAAAUGGAUACAAUGCACAACUUAAAUCUAAAAGGCAUAAAAGAAACAUGUAGGAGUAGUAAAUUAAUAAUUUAGUUCAAUGCAAAUUCAGCUAUUAUUUGGAUCAGAUAUAAAAUUGUGCUUAAAAGACUGCAAUGAAUCAGCUGUGUUGAUAUUGCAUCUGUGUCCUUGUGCAGUUCAACAGCAGUGUUUCAAGCUCUUAAACAGCCCACACUCUUCUAUCUAUUAAGUCAUUUGUACAUCAAGUUUAAUCAAAAUGUAUCCUAGAAAUGCUAAUUAGUGAGUAGCUACUAGAUCCAGAGAUGACUUUGAGGAGGGGUUGCUUAUCAUGCUUUUAGUCCCAAGCCUCUGAGAGAUGCUGGUUGUCUGGUUGGUCUGGUGCUCGUGCUGAUGUUACGGGUUCUCGUUUUGCUCUCAGAGAGUGGAUGUUCAUUCUGGGCAGAGGUCUAAUUGCCCAAGUGGAAGGACUUUUAACUUAAGUCCUUCGAAGUCUCAUCAGAGGACCCUUGUGUUUAUUAAGGAGAGCUCAAUUCCUAGGUGCCUCCGUUAAGACUUAGUAUUCUAAAUUAGGAUGAGCAACCUCUUCUAACCCCUCAUUUUGCAUCUCUUGGUCUAACAACCUUUCCCUAGUUAGCAUUUCUACCAGAACGUCUCUAAGCAGAACCAGUCAGCAGAUGACUGUAUUGCACAUAUGGCUAUGAUUAAACAACAACACAACAACUUAAACUGGCUUUAUUUUGUCUUGUUUAGUUCUAACUAGUCUAUUUGAGGACAGAUUAGUCACUGUCACAAUGAUGUGCAUCAUGAUGAGAGAAGACCAAUGGAAUAUGGAAUGCCAGCUUUUGUAAGAAAUCAGUUAAAAAGUUGUUUUUUUCAAUAAAGACAGUUGCUUUCCUUCAA